AUGUUUGCCACUGAUGGAUCAGAAAAAGAUCCUAUCGAGGUCUACACGCUCUACGCCCAGAAGAGACCUGAGAAAAUGAAUGAAGACGAUUCUCCCUUUUACUUAGCUGUCAACAACAACUUAAACUAUGACUCAAAAAGCAGGAAUAGACAACGAACGUCUCCGAAAUCACAGUGGUAGAAAAACUAUGAUACACUCAGCGAAAAUGAUAUUCCACCGACUCAUAUCGCUCAGUUGUCAGGACAUAAAAAUCUAAAAAGUAUCGAAAACUACAGCAAGGUCUGGACAAAACAGCAGAUGAAAAUGUCUCAAGUUCUUAGCAGUGUUGUAGCUGGUACUGCAACUAAGACGUCCUGGUACAAAAACGCCAAUCCAGCGAUUACUCCAUCUACUCCUGAAUCACAGCAAUCUAUGGCCUUGUUCAGCGCGGUUGUCAUUAAAGGGGGCAAUUUUUCAAUCAAAAUAAANCGGUACACGAAAUCCUGACGCGUUGUUAAACACACUCUGGUUAAACAGCAAUAUCCAUUUUGGCCUCAGAGGUUGCAAAGAACAUAGAGAAAUCUGCUGGGGCGAUGUAAAGUUGAAGGAAACAGCUGACGGCAAGUAGUAUUUGGAAUUUAAUGAAAGACAAACCAAAACAAGAACCGGUUCAGACUGCCGCGAUAUCAGGGCAGUGCCGCCUAAAAUGUUUGCCACUGAUGGAUCAGAAAAAGAUCCUAUCGAGGUCUACACGCUCUACGCCCAGAAGAGACCUGAGAAAAUGAAUGAAGACGAUUCUCCCUUUUACUUAGCUGUCAACAACAACUUAAACUAUGA